UGUGUGUCUGUGUGGGAGGUAGAUGUGUGUGUGUGUGGGGGGGGAUUUAGCAGCUGCCGCUUACACCCCCGGGAAUUUCCCGGCCCCCCCCCCGCCCCAGCCCGCCGGGAAGUUUAUUUCGAGACAUCGCAACACUUCCGCGUUACGCAAAGAGGCGUGGCAGCACAGUAGUAGCCAGGAAGGCCUCGGUAGCGCACAGGUAGACCAGGUGUCGCACAGGUAGACCAGGUGUCGCACAGGUAGACCAGGUGUCGCACAGGUAGACCAGGUGUCGCACAGGUAGACCAGGUAUCACCACCACCUCCGUCACCAUGCGUCUGCGCCUGGCGUCUCUGCUGCUGCUGCUGUGUCUCUACCUGGCAGUGCCGAGCAGAGGUCAGGCCGGCAGCCCCAACACCGCUGGAUUCAUGGUGAGACUCACCGUGCCCGGACUUGACUACGGUCGGAGCGUGGCUGUUGGGAUCCUGGUUCAGAAACUCCAUGGGAUCUCGAUCCCAGACCAGAGCGGCUCUUCUGGCAAGAUCCACUACACGCUGUCAGGGAUGCACAUCACCGACUUCACGAUGCCCAGCACGGCGCUGGGGUUCGUUCCGGGCUCGGGGCUCAAGUUCAGCUUCAGCGGAGCAUCGGUGUCGCUGUCCGGGGAAUGGCAUUACAAGGCGCUGUUCGUGAAGGACAGCGGCACGUUUGACAUGCGCAUGAGUGGGCUGUCGCUGUCCACCGUGCUGGUGCUGUCGCGCGAUGUCACGGGGAGGCCGUCGGUCAGCGCCGGUGGCUGCAGCAGCGAGGUUGGCGACGUCGACAUCAAGUUCCACGGCGGGGCCAGCUGGCUGUACAACCUCUUCAAACACCUCAUCGAGAAUAACAUACGAGACCACCUGAAGGGUCAGCUGUGUGAUCAGGUGACCGAAGCGAUCAACAGCGACCUGGAGAACAGCCUGCAGGAGAUCUCAAUCACUGCCAAGGUGGACGAAUUCACAGAGGUCGACUACUCGCUCCUGAGUCCUCCCGACACCCGCGCGGACAUGCUGGACAUUCCCUGCAAGGGUGAGUUCUACAGCCUGCAGCACCACUCCGAGUUCCCUGUCCCUGCACCCCCCAUGGAUCUGGGCACCUCUGCUGACCGCAUGCUCUACUUCGGCUUAUCCGAGUUCCUCUUCAACAGCGCUGGCUACGCGUACCAAGCCUCCGGUGCCCUCACCUACAUCAUCACUGAGGCCAUGCUGCCGAAGGACGCUCCCUUCCACCUCAACACCUCCAGCCUGGCGCCCAUCGCUGUGAAGCUCAAGGACUUCCCGGGCCUGGCUGUGGAGGUCAGGGUGGAGUCGAGCGCCGGGCCCACGCUCUCCAUCGCCGCUGGCAACGUGACGCUCCGCACGCAGGCCCUCGCCACCUUCACCGCCCUGUGGCCCAACGGCACGCACAGCUUCCUCUUCUCCAUCAACGCCAACACCUCGCUUGAUGCCAGGCUGGAGAUCGACGCUAACAAGCUGCAUGGGACACUCACGCUGGACAGCAUGCUCCUGACGCUGGUGAAGUCGGAUGUGGGAGACGUGCACGUCAAUUUGCUGCAGUCGAUCAUUAAGUUCAUUGCUAAAACGAUCAUCCUGCCCAAAGUGAACGAGAGGCUGAGCCAGGGAAUCCCCAUGCCGCUUCUGAAGAAAGUGAAGAUCGUGAACGCCGUGCUGCUCAACAAGGAGGCGUUCAUCGUGGUGGGGAUGGAUCUGCAGUACUCGCCGUGACGUGGGGGGCCGCGGAGCCACGGAGAGAGGGGGCGGGGGGGAGGGGCCUUGGCUGCCCUCCCGGUGGCGCGUGGGGGCUACACUGUGGAGGCCACACACACACAGACACACACACACAUAUAUACACACAAACACACACAACAACAACCGCCAUUCGCCACUAAGUGGCGGUGACGUCACCAC